GUUUUUUUUUUUGUAAUUUUGGGGGCUCACCUUGGAGGUCAUCAGCCGUAACCACGAGCCCCCCCGCCCCUCCUCGACCUCCUCUUCCUCCUCCUCCUCCUCAUCCUCCUCCACUGAAGGAUAUUUUCUCUGUCACCCCCUCCGGAGCGCAGCGCCCUCACCCCCCCUGCGAGCAACAUGAGACUGGCCAAGAUGUGCCGCCUGAACGCGCUCGGGAUCUACCUGUGGGAAACGGUGGUGUUCUUCAGCUUGGCGGCGUCGAAAGAAGCCGCGGCGAGGAAAGCUGCCUCCCCGAUGCCGCCGUCAGAGUUUCUGGACAAACUCAUGGGCAAAGUGUCCGGCUACGACGCCAGGAUCCGACCGAACUUUAAAGUGUACAACAAAGACCCCAAAGGCUCCAAAAAUGAAGCUACUCACAAGAAAGGGCCGCCAGUAAACGUAACCUGCAACAUUUUCAUCAACAGUUUUGGGUCCAUCGCUGAAACGACGAUGGACUACAGAGUGAACAUCUUCCUGAGGCAGCAGUGGAACGACCCCCGGUUGGCCUACAGCGAGUAUCCCGACGACUCUUUGGAUCUGGACCCGUCUAUGUUGGACUCCAUCUGGAAGCCUGACUUGUUCUUCGCCAACGAGAAGGGCGCCAACUUCCACGAGGUGACCACCGACAACAAGCUGCUGCGCAUCUCCAAGAACGGCAACGUGCUCUACAGCAUACGAAUCACUCUCGUCCUGGCUUGUCCGAUGGAUCUGAAGAACUUCCCGAUGGACGUGCAGACCUGCAUCAUGCAGCUGGAGAGCUUCGGAUACACCAUGAACGACCUGAUCUUCGAGUGGGACGAGAAAGGAGCCGUGCAGGUGGCCGACGGCCUGACGUUACCUCAGUUCAUCCUCAAAGAGGAGAAGGACCUGCGCUACUGCACCAAGCACUACAACACAGGUAAAUUCACCUGCAUCGAGGCCCGCUUCCACCUGGAGCGCCAGAUGGGCUACUACCUGAUCCAGAUGUACAUCCCCUCGCUGCUCAUCGUCAUCCUGUCCUGGGUCUCCUUCUGGAUCAACAUGGACGCCGCGCCCGCCCGCGUGGGCCUGGGGAUCACCACCGUGCUCACCAUGACCACCCAGAGCUCCGGGUCCAGAGCCUCACUGCCCAAGGUGUCCUACGUAAAAGCUAUCGAUAUCUGGAUGGCCGUGUGUCUGCUGUUCGUCUUCUCGGCCCUGCUGGAGUACGCUGCCGUCAACUUCAUUGCCCGCCAGCACAAGGAGCUGCUGCGCUUCAGACGGAGGCGACGACACAUGAAGCCUGAGUCUUGGCCUGUGUUGCAGGAGGAUGAGACGGGCGAGGGCCGCUUCAGCUUCCCGGGUUACGGCAUGGGCCCCGCCUGCCUGCAGGCCAAGGACGGCAUGGCCAUCAAAGGCAACAACAACAACGCCCCGGCCUCGGCGGCGCCCGAGAAGAGCAUCGAGGAGAUGAAGAAGCUGUUCAUCAGCCGCGCCAAGCGCAUCGACACGGUGUCCCGCGUGGCCUUCCCCCUCGUCUUCCUCAUUUUUAACAUUUUCUACUGGAUCAUUUACAAGAUCAUCCGCAGCGAGGACAUCCACAAGCAGUAGUCCUGAGGAGCAGGGAGGACCAGGGGGGAGCAGGAGGGAGACGUCAUCACCUCCUCCUCCGCCUC